AUUCGCCCGGGUACGUGCAUUUGACGUCGUGAAUACGAAUGAUAGCGAGAGAGGCUUGUCCCCUGUAGUCUGUCCUGCCCCGGGAAAGAGGUACAGCACCACAAGUGCAUGCAUAGCGCUUUUAACGUAUAACGUCGCCACAUGACUUGUGUCUUAAAAACGUGUGUCGCCUUGUGUCGUUUAGUUGGCAAUGCGCCCCACGCUCUGGGAAUUAUAGUCUGUUGAGGGUUACUGUUUAUGCUGUAUACAUUCAAACCAUGUCUACCCAGUUGAACGUUUGCCUUUACUUGCCUCGAACGUCCCAGUGAACGCUACGAUGGUAUUUUACGAACAGUGACGCGAUUGGAUUUGACAUAAAUGUGCAGAAACUGAUCGUAUCGCUGUGGCGGCCUUACAGUCCACUGUAUGACCGUCCUUACCCGCCCAGUUCCAGCCUUCCGUCAACAUUAGGAGUGCCACCUCAUUCGGAGACACCUGUCUCGGUGUGCGACUUAGGCUUUGACUCAGCGUGUAGAUGAAGCUAUAUCUGUAAUGUGCUUUGUUCAGCAGAAUAACCACGGGACAGAUAUAUGUCGGUUCACUCCCUGAAUUGUCCUGUGCGAUUUCGCUCUUGGUGCUGCAAGUCUCAUUUUCAAUAACUCAGCAAAGAGGUACAGUAGUCGGUUGACCUUUGGUGGGCUGACGAAACCAUACAGUGCAUUUCUUAAAUGCUGUUCACCUCCAUUAAAAGUGGAUGUAUAUUUCAUAAUACAUUUGUAGCUAACGAACCUAUCCUAAGUUGUAUAUUAACGUGCACUUAGAUGCACUUGCUGCAUGUAUUUACAUCUAAAAUAUGGCGUAAUGUGAGCUGAUAUGUUUUGGGUCACCAUGAAAAUCCUUUUCUUCAUUAUAGUGGAUCCACAGUCCGUGACUGAGAUUGGAAUCAUUGUCGAUCAGAUAUUACCCACUCACACCUCUGAUAGUGCUGUGUUCUUUCACUCUGUAGGGAACACAGUCAGUAACCUGAUUAUGAUCCUUCCUCCUAUUUAUGGAGCGCUGCAGACGUUUAGGGAUGGGCUCGAAAUCCGCUAUGUGUGGUCAUUUUUAGGACUCGCAGCGGUUGGCACUGGUUCUUGGUGCUUCCACAUGACACUACAAUAUGAAAUGCAGUUGCUAGAUGAGUUGCCAAUGAUCUACAGCUGUUGCAUCUUCGUUUACUGUUUAUAUGAAUGCUUCAAGCAAGAAAAUGCCAUUAACUAUUUCCCAAUCACACUACUUCUUUUCUUCAGUAUUAUCGUGAGUGGGGUGUACCUGCUGUGGAAAGAGCCAGUGUUUCAUCAGGUCAUGUAUGGUGUGCUGGUGGCUUGCUUAGUGAUUCGUUCUGUGUUCAUAGUUGCAUGGGUGUAUCCAUGGCUGAGAGCUCUUUGCUAUGCGUCAUUAAGCAUCUUCCUGUUAGGAUUUGUUUUAUGGAACAUCGAUAACAUAUUCUGUGACUCUUUGAGAGCCGCGCGACAGCGGCUGCCACCCGUGGUCGGAGCAGUCACCCAACUCCAUGCCUGGUGGCACAUCUUAACAGGCCUGGGUUCUUACCUUCACAUACUUCUCAGCCUCCAGAUUCGGUCAACCUACCUCAAGUACAGACCUAAAAUUAAGUUUCUGUGCGCCGUCUGGCCCACGUUUCACGUCGAGUCUCAGAAGGCGAGCUGAGGGCGCCUGUGGAGGGAUGACGGUGGAGGCCAAUCGCAGGCGUGAGAGCACGACGAGGUCCAGCCAAUCACCUUCAGCGUAACUGGGAAGUGACUGACAGCUGGAUGUUUGUUCCUCCCAUUCCCAAAAGUUCCCCUGCGUUAGGUUGCUGAGUGUAGCUUAGAAAGAGGUGUCCUGUGGGCAGACGGAGUCUGUUUUUGUUUGUUUAUUCCGGAGUUGAUCAGAGCUGUGUGAGGGUCGUGUGAGGAGAUGGCUCGCUAUUUCUUUUGCACACAAUUGGUCUACACUAACAUCCAUUUCCUUAAGCAUUUCUAAAGAACAAAGCGGUCCAUGACUAUGGUAUAAUGGACUUGAUGUCACAGGGUGACUUUAUUUUCUCUGCUUAGAGAUGUAAAGUUGUCACAUACUGACGCAUUGAUGUGUAUUACCUAAACACAUCUACCAAUUUGAGUCAGAAAUGUUAGGUACAUUAUUUAUUAACAUAUAUUUCAACUACAUUACUCUUAUGUGCUGUGCUUUAUCCUAUUGUACAGUGCGUAAAAUGUUGUCAUUUCCAUUAAGAUUAUCUUAAUUAUUUUUCUUUUUCCAUAGAGUACCUUAUUGAUUUUAAAAGAACAUAACGGCUGACUUAAUCAAAAUCAAUGUGAUUUUGGAGGAGAAUUGGGCACUGCCCAAGUGGAAUAGUAUCAAAUGGUUAGUCAUGUUUGGUAUGAAUUUGUUAUUGUAAUCCUAUGUUUAGACAAAACUGGCAGAAAUGAUUAUAUCUCUUAAUCUUUUUCUUCUGUGAACUCCUAUUGUGAGGAAAUGACUGAAUGUUACAGAACAGUGCUGAAGGAAAAUCGACCAAACCACAUUGGCGGUCUCCUUUGAGUAAGACAAAGGGUUUUAUUUUAAUCUAUGAUGAUUUGUUGUGUUUCUAAUAUGUAAUUGAAAAUAAUUGAUUUUAUUUAUUUAUGAUA